CACGGUAACAGCUGACGACGACUGCGAACGUUUCUGGCUGUGGCGAAAUCCGCUCAUUCGCUUUGUUGACGUUUAAUUGUGAAAAUUAUAACAAAAAGUAACGUCAAGCCGAGCUGCCAUGGACGAAUUCUCCCGCCAGCACAUGGAUGACUGCUUCCUGCGCACUCCCAGCGACAUUCGAACCACAAACGUGCAAGCGACUCCCAAAUCGCAGGCAGACAAUAAGUCGCGAAAAACAGAACUGCACGUCCUGCGACUGAACGAUGAGUCCCGCCAGAUGACCAUGGACACACUGCGCAGCAUUCAUGGCCCGGAUUUCCGGCUGGACGACAUUAGCAAGUACAAGGAUCGCGGGCGAGGUGGGCACGGGGUGAAGCACUCCUACUGGCAGGAUCGCGGCACCCUGAUGGUCCAGAGUGUACAGGGUGUGAGCUCCAGCCGUGGCGAUGGCAGCGACGAGGAUCGCCUGCGCCGCUAUGCCCUGGCCAAGCUGGAGAACUACGGCUUCCAGGCGGUUCACUGCCUGGAGGCCUAUGAGCAUUGUUCCGGCGAUACAGAGGCAGCUCUGCUGCUCCUCUAUCGUCGCUACAUGCGUAUUCCGGAGAACGAACCGCUUGAAAUAGAACCUCCAAGUGAAACCGAAAUUUUAGACAUGCGUUCAGACGAAAAGGAGGCUCUUGAAUCCAUAUACGACAAAGCAUACGAGGAGCGGGAACCGAACCGGGUGUGGAAUCUCAAAUUCCGCAUCGACCAUCUGCUAGCCCACAGUCCUUCGGAGGUGAGGAAGGCAAGGGAGGCAGCCCUGGCAGCCGCCGCUGCAGCAGCUAAGGCCGAGCUGGACAAAAAGAAACGAAGCAGGGCUCCACAGAGGUGUAGGAACUUCGAUCGCGAUGGCACCUGCAAGUUCGGACCGAAGUGUCGCUUCGCCCACCUUCCCCCCCAGCCUGUGGAACCCGAUAUUUCCAAGAAAGAUGCCCUUGAUGAGAACGACAACGAACUGUGGUUUCACGUAGAGAUUCGCUUCCCACCCGGCAGUCGUUAUCCCUUUGAGGCACCCUUUAUCUACCUGAAGACCACCUGUCACGACAUCCCGCACGAGCUGCGCCUGCGCUACGCCCGUCACUUGUACAAGGAGGCCAGGGAGAUAUGCCGAGACGGCAUUCCCUGUGUCUAUAGCAUCUGUGAUCUGCUGCAGACCGACGAGCAGCUGGCCGGGCACUUGGACACCACUGCCUUCCCGUCGUCGAAGCGAUCUCUCUUUUACGAUGAGCCCGAAGGCGGAGCAGCCGACGAGGAAGCGGAAAAGCAGCAGGUGGCGAAGCCCACGCACUACACCCGGGGUCAGACCUCGAGGAAUGAUGCAGGUCAUCAGCGAAAUGCAGAGGCGCAAGCUCGCGAGAACCGCAAGUUGUUGCAACAGUUCGUGGAACGGAGAAAAGAGGACCGCUAUCAGAAGGUGAUUGAUGGCAGGAGAAAGUUGCCCGCCUUUGCCGAGAUCGAGCGCAUCCUAGCGCUCAUCGAGACCUCCCCGGUGGUGGUGAUCUCGGGCGAAACUGGUUGCGGCAAGAGUACCCAAGUGCCGCAGUUUAUCCUGGACAAUUGGUUCUUCCGCGCCCUACAGCUUUCGCCGAAGGAGAGCCUUCCCCACGUGGAGAUCAUCUGUACGCAACCGCGUCGUCUCUCCGCCAUCGGUGUGGCGGAGCGAGUGGCCGCAGAGCGUCUGGAUAGGAUUGGCCAGCUGGUGGGCUACCAGAUCCGCCUCGAGAACAAAGUCUCCGCUAGCACUCGGUUGAGUUUCUGCACUACUGGUAUCUUGUUGCGCCGUCUAGCCUCGGAUCCAAUGCUUGGCAGUGUGACCCACGUGAUAGUGGACGAGGUGCACGAGCGCUCCGAAGAGUCAGACUUCCUGCUGCUGAUUCUCAAGAACCUGCUGCGUGAGCGCAAUGACUUAAAAGUUAUCCUCAUGUCAGCCACUUUGAACGCUGCCUUAUUCUCCGAUUACUUUGGCGGGGCUCCGGUGCUGGACAUUCCGGGCCGCACCUUCCCCGUCCAACAGUUCUUCCUGGAGGACAUUCUCGAAAUGAGCGACUUCGUCAUGGAGUACGAUACCAAGUAUUGUCGCAAGCUCAAGAAACAGGAGCAGGAGGUCCUGGAGCGGGAACUGGAGUACGCCGACGUCCAGGCAUCUGGCGAGCCUCCUGGCAAGAAAAUUAAGGACGAGAAACUGACUCUGGCAGAAACCUAUCAGCGCUAUGCAGAUUUCAGCAAGCCAACCUGCAAGAGCAUCUACCUCAUGGAGCCCAUGGUCAUCAAUCCGGAACUAAUAGAAUCUGUGCUUAAGUUUAUCGUAGAGGGGGAUCACGACUGGCCCCGCGAGGGCACCAUCUUGAUCUUCCUGCCCGGCUUUCAAGAGAUCCAAAGUGUGCACGACGCCCUCCUGGAUAAUGCUCUCUUUUCGCCGCGUGCCGGCAAGUUUAUUCUGGUGCCUCUGCACUCUGCGCUGUCCAGCGAGGACCAGGCACUGGUGUUCAAGAAGGCGCCGCCGGGCAAACGCAAGAUCGUGCUGAGCACCAACAUCGCCGAAACCUCGGUGACCAUCGACGACUGUGUCUUUGUGGUGGAUUGCGGCUUGAUGAAGGAGAAGUGCUUCGACUCCAACCGCAAUAUGGAGUCCCUGGACUUGGUCUGGGUGUCCCGGGCCAACGCCAAGCAGCGCAAAGGUCGUGCCGGUCGAGUGAUGCCCGGCGUGUGCAUCCAUUUGUACACCAGCUUCCGCUUCCACCAGCACAUUCUCGCCCAGCCGGUGCCGGAAAUCCAGCGCGUGCCCCUCGAGGCGAUAGUGCUCCGCAUUAAGACCUUGCAGACAUUCGCGGCGCGCAAUACUCUGUCUGUGCUUCUGGAGACCCUCGAGGCGCCCUCAGAGGACAGCGUCCUAGGUGCUCUCACUCGACUGCGGGAUGUGGGCGCCCUAGACGCCGAGGAUCAGCUCACACCGCUUGGCCACCAUCUGGCGGCCCUGCCGGUGGAUGUGCGCAUUGGUAAGCUUAUGCUGUACGGAGCCAUCUUCCAGUGCCUGGACAGUGUCCUGACCAUUGCUGCAUGCCUGAGCAACAAGUCGCCGUUUGUGAGUCCGUUCAACAAGCGCUCGGAGGCCGACAAGUGCAAGAAAAUGUUCGCCUUGGGCAACAGCGACCAUCUUACAGUGCUCAAUGCCUACAAGAAAUGGCUGGACGUGGCCAAGAGAGGGAACUACGCGGCCAGCAGAAAUUACGCCUCCGAGCACUUCCUUUCCUUGAAUACUCUGGAGACGAUUGCGGACCUAAAGUAUCAGUACCUGGAGCUUCUGGUUUCCAUUGGGUUCGUGCCCGUCAAUGUGCCUCGCAGGCGGAAAAAUGCCUGCGACAAUAUACUUCAACUCACAGGUGUCGAGCAGAACCAGAAUGGAGAAAACAACCGUCUUCUUACCUCUUUGCUGUGCGCUGCGCUAUAUCCCAACAUUGUUAAGAUCAUGACCCCGGAGCGCGUCUACAUCCAGACGGCGGGCGGAGCUGUUCCGCGCGAACCAAGUGCGCAAGACCUGCGGUUCAAGACGCGUGGCGACGGCUACGUUAAAAUUCACCCGUCGUCUGUCAACUCCCAGGUGGCUGUCUUCCAGGCACCCUUCCUCGUCUUCCAGGAGAAGGUGCGCACCACUGCCAUCUACAUCAGGGACUGCUCGAUGCUGCCCCUGAUCGCCAUGGUCCUGUUCGCCGGCAGCGACUUCAAGGUGGAGCUGCACGACGGCGACUUCCUCUUUUUGCUGGAGAGCGGCUGGAUCAUUUUAAAGGCCCACGACCUUGAGACCGCCGAAAUGGUGCAGUGCCUGCGGGCGGAGCUCAUCAAGCUGCUAGAGGAGAAAAUCCGAGAUCCGUGCCUCAACCUGCUGCACCAUAAGAAUGGCUGCCGCAUGAUAGCCAACAUUGUCCACCUGCUCAGCAAGAAUAGCUGAGAGCUGAAGCACCGCCCUCUCCGUUACCAGCUCUUCGAAGCAGUUGAACAUUUUGUAUAAUGGCCAUGAGAUCGGAACUGUAGCUGAUUUACCCCGAUACUUGUGUAUAUCAAUAAAGAGAAAAUAGGCAACUAUUGCUACGUUGCAACAUCAUGUUAUCUAA